AUGGAAAAGAGCAGCAGGUCCGGCUUAUGUUCUUCUCACCGUGGUUUAUUGUUGCAGGCGCUGCCGCUGUUUCUCUUGCUGCUUCAUCAGUCCACGGCCGGCGUGCAGGCGCAAGCCCCGCCGCCGCCGCCGCGGCUACAGGAAGCGCAAGAACGCGCCAUGAGGGAGCUGUCAAGCACGGUGUCCACCACGGCUCCGUGGUGGGACACGACCGACCCGAACCCGUGUCGGUGGAGCGGGGUCACCUGCUCCACUCCGCCGUCGUCUAACCGCUCCGGCUCACGCUCACCCGCGGCAGCGGCGACUGUGCUCCGCCUCUCCAUGUCGGGCUUCGGCCUCUCCAACCCCUCCGUGCUCGCCUCCAUAUGCUCCCUCGACUCCCUGGAGUCUCUGGACCUGUCUAUGAACAGGUUCACCGACCUGCCUCAACCCUUGUCUUCGUGCUCCUCCUCAUCCUUGGGCGCCACACUGCGUGUGCUCAACCUCAGCCACGCCCUGCUGGCCGGUCCGCUCGGCGACUUCGCCGGCUUCCCCAGGCUGGAGCUCCUUGAUUUCUCCUUCAGCUAUCUCUUGGGAAAUGUGAACAAGCAGCUCAGUUCUUUGGCCAGCCUGAGGAUCUUGAACCUUGGUCACAACGGACUUGACGGUGACCUCCCCACGAACAUGGCCCUCUCUCUGGAAGAACUGGUGUUAUCAGGCAAUGAUUUCAGCGGUCCGAUACCGGCAAGUUUUGGAAUCACCAAGCAUGUGAAGGUGUUGGAUUUGAGCUUCAACAUGCUAAGUGGUGAGAUACCUUCCGAUCUAUUCUUUGCUCCGGGUUUGCAUGCCGUUGAUCUCAGCGGCAACAUGCUUCGAGGACACAUCCCACAGGUGUUCUCUCGCGGCCUCUAUCGCCUUUGUCUCGGAGGGAACUUUCUCAGUGGCACAAUCCCGGGCUCAAUUGGUGAUGCCUCGAGCUUGGCUUAUCUUGAGUUGGACAACAAUAAUUUGGUGGGAGAUAUACCAUGGCAACUCGGUAAAUGCAGUAAAUUGCUUCUCUUGAACCUUGCAAGCAAUGAGUUGACUGGUGCAGUGCCCGCAGAGAUCGGCACACUCAAUAACCUGAUUGUUCUUAAACUCCAAAUGAACAAUCUUGAUGGCCAUAUACCGAGCGCACUUGCUGGUCUAGUGAAGCUAAAUGUAUUGGACCUUAGCCAAAAUUCAAUUGAUGGAGAGAUACCGCAUCAGAUUUUCCAGCUACUGCGGCUUUCAAACAUAUGUUUGCAAAGCAACAAGAUCACCGGUGCCAUUCCAACUUCAGUCAGUUCACUGCAGUUUCUUAUUGAACUUGAUCUCGGAGAUAACUCGCUCAGUGGUUUCAUCCCCACAAUGCCGAUCAGCUUGAGCACGGUCCUCAAUCUAAGCCACAACCAUCUCAGUGGCUCUAUCCCUUCAGACAUGGGCUCUUUACGCUUCUUGAAGGCCCUUGAUCUUUCCUACAACAACUUGUCCGGUCGGGUACCGCCCUCGCUCGAAAGUUUGCAGAGCUUGAGAAAGCUGGUGCUCUCCUAUAAUCAUCUCUCGGGACCCCUCCCGAAGUUUCCAUCAUCUGUGGUGGUCCAUUCAAUGGGAAAUCCUGAUCUUGUCGACAUUGACGAGGAUUCGGAUAUGAUGGCGGAUACUGAGUCAGCUAAAUGGAUUGCAAUAGCUUCUUUUGUGGUCUGCUUCGUCAUCUCUUUCUACUGGGAUGGGAUCAGGAAUGGAUGGUUUGCAGGUCCAAGGAGCAGGUAGCUGACUAGUUGGACAUUGCCUGCCUGCACGUGGAAAUCCCAAAUGCUCUCUCCACGUCUUUUCUAGCCGCCGCCUAAGCAUUGUGGAAAUCAAGAUUUUUCUUACCUUCCGGCUUUUUCAACGGCUUCACGAAGGUUUGCCACUUUGGAUAGAUGUCAUCCGCUAGAUAAUACCCAUAGUUGUACGUACGGCCAUUUGCUACAAACUGCACCGGUGGCAACUCACCAUUUGCAAUGUUAUUCAUCAGUGGUGACCGGUUGACAACAUUGAUGUCAUUCAAAGAU